CGCUAGCAGCCUAGACAACUGUCAGAUGCUAGACAGAGAAACACGCAAGCAACACAGCAAAGUGGACCUCUGGACUUAUUAGCUAGCUAAGCAACUCAACGGCACACCAUCAGUUUGGAGACUGGUACACAGCGAUUGACAUCAGCGUAAUUUGGCACUAAAAGUGCAAACCCAAAAUAUAGCUAACGAGAAAAGCUGAUUCUUAUAGCCAUCAAGCGCGUUAGCUUUGAUUUGUGGCGCAGCUCUCCUGCAGAACCUUAGUUGGUAGUUAGCUCUAAUCUAGGCAGUCGAAACUUGCAGUUGUGUGGUUUGCUAGUUAACGUCAGCUAGCUGAGAAGGAGAGGUUUGCAGAAAGAAGUGCUCCGGGGCUAUGACUGCGGAAGAGGUGACCAACGAAGGACAGAAUAUCCCAUUACCAAUGGAGGGAGAGGAUAUCACGCAGAAGAAAGAUGGAGGGGUUUUAAAGUUGGUGAAGCAAGAGGGCACAGGGACAGAGCUGCCUAUGACGGGGGACAAGGUGUUUGUUCACUAUGUUGGCACGCUGCUGGAUGGAACCCCAUUUGACUCCAGUCGCGAACGAGGAGAGAAGUUCUCCUUUGAGCUGGGCAAAGGUCAGGUAAUCAAGGCGUGGGACCUGGGAGUGGCUACUAUGAAAGUAGGAGAGAUUAGCCAGCUGAUCUGUAAACCAGAGUACGCCUACGGCACCGCCGGCAGCCCCCGAAGUACCCCCAAUGCUACUCUUGUCUUCCAGGUGGAGCUGUUUGAGUUUCGAGGGGAGGACAUCACUGAGGGAGAGGAUGGAGGAAUCAUCCGUCGCAUCAUCACUAAGGGAGCGGGAUACUCCAAACCUAAUGAAGGAGCUGCCGUAGAAGUGUGUGUGGAGGGCAGCUGUGAGGGCAAGGUCUUUGACCAGAGGGAGCUGAAGUUUGAGUUGGGAGAUGGAAAGAGUCUGGGUCUGCCAAGUGGAGUGGAGAAAGCCCUGACCGCCAUGGAACAGGGAGAGGAGUCACUCUUCAUCAUCAAACCCAAGUAUGGCUUUGGAAACAUAGGAAGCAGCAAGUACAGUAUUCCUGGUGGAGCCACUCUGCAGUACAAACUCAAACUGACCACCUUCGAAAAGGCCAAGGAAUCUUGGGAGAUGAACUCAGCAGAGAAACUGGAGCAGAGCAUCAUCAUCAAGGAGAAAGGAACACAGUACUUCAAGGAAGGGAAGCAUCGCCAAGCGUCUGUCCAGUAUAAGAGGAUUGUGUCAUGGCUGGAGAAUGAAUCAAGUUUGCCCGAGGGGGAGGACCAGAAAGCUAAAGCCCUGCGAUUGGCUGCUCACCUCAACCUGGCCAUGUGCUUCAUCAAGCUUCAGGAACCAAGCUCUGCCUUCGACAACUGUGACAAGGCCCUGGAGCUAGACGAAUCCAAUGAAAAGGCUCUAUUCCGGAGGGGGGAGGCACUGUUUGCCAUGAAGGAGUUUGAUAGGGCGAGAGCAGACUUCCAGCGCGUCACCCAACUUUAUCCUAGCAACAAGGCCGCCAAGAGCCAGGUGGCUCUGUGCCAGAAACAGAUUAAGGAGCAGCAUGAGAAGGACAAGAGGCUCUACGCCAACAUGUUCCAGAAGUUCGCAGAGAGAGACGCCAAGAAGGAGGCUGACAAGGGGAUGGAGAACAUAGGUGGGAUGGAUGUAGAGGAGAGUGGAGGACAGGAGUAAUGACUGCUGGAGAAAGAUGUCAGACUGUGUCAUGAAGACCUUUUUAAAACUUCAGGCAUUCGUGUUUAUAAAGAGAGAAUGUGUUUGUGAUAAGUGUGUGUGUGUCCAUGGCUCAACUGUAUCUCCUGUGUGUGUGUGUAUGUCUGCGUGCUAUCGUCAUGGCAGCUAGCUGGCUGGGUGGGCCUUCUGUAGCUGACUGCACUCAGGAGGUGUGGCUAAAAGAAGUGCCCCCCCAUCCCUCUGGUUAGCAUGUAGCAGGCUGCCCCCUCCCCCCCUCCCCCCCCCCUUACUCAUAGAGCUCUUUGCUUAAUGGAGUUGGAAGCCCAGUACUGGGUGUGUGUAUUUGUGUGUGUGUGUGUGUGUGUAAACCCCCCUUUCACCCAGCAAGGGCUAAUCCCCAAACCCCCUUCACUUCUCACCACCUUCCAAGGCCAACUGAUCAACUCCUGGGGACUGCUUCAUGUGUAUGUGUGACUGUGUGUGUCCGCAGACAGUAGCAGCACCCUCUCUAGCAGCAGUCAUGCUAACUAAAGGGUUGCUCUCUGCUUCUCAAACACACUAUGUUCUUACUCUGGGUUUAUGAUUUAUCUUAAUUGUUCUUCAUGGGAUGAUGAUUUACUUCACACCUAGAAGGGUGUGUGUGAAGCAGCUUCUUCUGGUCAGACUGAACCAGUAUAAAGCUCAGUCACAUUACAUAUAUAGUCUUACUGUAGUCUGUCUGCAUUCCAAAUAACACUUUAUACCUUGUAGAUCAGAGUUUCCCAAACGCGAUCCUGGGGCCCCCAAUGGGUGCACGUUUUGAUUUUUCCCCAAUACUACACAGCUGAUUCAAAGAAUCAAAGCUUGAUGAUGAGUUGGUUAAUUGAAUUAUCUGUGUAGUGCUAGGGCAAAAACCAAAACGUGCACCUGGGGGGGCAGGACCGAGUUUGGGAGACCCUGUUGUAGAUUACCAAUAUGCCCUACUUUUUGACCAAUGGUCAGAGGUGGUUACUAAAGUAGUGCACUAUAUAGGUAAUGGGUGUCAUUUGAGAUGCAGACUUUCUGUAAUCUUAUUCUUGCAUACAGCAUCUCCAGCAGACCUGGCUCUAGGUUCAGCUAAACAAGGUCCUGUGAAGCAGAGCAGCUAGGGAGUGAGAUUGGUCAGGGUUUGGGGUGUCAACUGCAUGCUGGUUGGUUGGGGGAGGUCUAUCUGAUUGGAUCAUCACGAUUGGUUCUCAGACUGAAGGCUCUAAUGACUAAUAAACAGAAAUUACUCAAACUCUG